CCCUCUUUGUUGGAAUCCUAGGAGAAUCCUAUUGGAGGCUCCCAGGAGACACAGCGAUUGGAAUGGAGUUCCACCCUCCGCAUCCAGCCGCUGUGUCUCCUGAGAGUUCCUCACAGGAAGCUGGUGAAGGGAACAGCAAACAGCACUACAGUCAAGCGUUUCAUAACCAAUGCUUUCAAGUCUGUUACAUACUUUCAACUGUGCCUCGCUUUUUAAAAAUGUAAUAGAAUGGUUUUUCACAUACACGUCACUUCCUGUGCUGUAGGUCACGGGGUGCGAUCGCAGUAACACAGACAGGAAAUGCAUCAGGUGGCACUGCGGCUGUUAACCCAGACCUGCAAAGUGAUAUUUCAGGUUCGACGUUAUUAUAAUACGUGUAGAAAUCUCAGCAUGCACAGAGUAUGCGCUUCCCUACACAGUUAACACCGUGCAAAGCGGCAUGCCUACGCGCACGCACACACACACGUGACACGCAGCGUCAGCGGGAGAAACUAGUAUCCAAGGCAACGGACCGCAACACUGAAACUUGUCGCCGCUGAUGCAUUAUUAACCGCUUUACCUGUGUUAAAUAUUAACUUCUACUGUAAGCAGGAUGUCUCUGCCGAGGCCGGGCACAGAGCCGCGGUUCUGCUCCGCGAUGAGGGCGACGGGGCACGCGGAGGUGUGGCACGACUCGGAUGACAGCGUCAAGUUCCAGCAGUACGGCUGGCGCUGCACCAAGAAAGAGGACGCCUACUCCACGCGUACCCUCAUCGGUAACUGGAGCGAGGAGCGCCGCGAUCCCCGCAGCCUGGCGCAGCGCAAACCCCUGCCUUCACAGCACUCGCACUAUUUUGGCACAACAUAUUCUGCAUCGUAUGACACGGGAGGGAAAGCGGCGGAGAGGAGAGAGUUUAACAAAGAAGCACGCUCCUUCCCUGGGCACCAGCCGGAGCUGCAGCCACCUCACCUCCCAAACUACUCCUGCUACCGGCUGAACUACACUGAUCCAGGGGGUCCAAACACAGCGAGGGAGCAGGAGAGAGCGCCGGGAGCACCCCCAACCUGACCCUGCUCUGGGACGUCUGCGUGCUUGCACCUAUCGAGCACCACCGAGGCGGAAGUGUGCAGUUUAAUGAGCUGUGUGGGCGUGUCUCUUAACUCAUGGCAUGCAGCUCAGGUAAAACAAGGACUCUUCUUUAAACAGUGAGACGGAUCUCUUUUGUAAAAGCUCUUUCCAUUUUUUAAUACAUUGUAUUCAAAUGUAACCCUUUUUGUUUGAGCUUAAUAAAAUGCAGUAGGAUCUCUCUCCGUCGAGAUGCAUGUGCAGGAAGGUCUUGUGUUUUUUUUUUUUAAAUUCAAAACUGAACAGGAUUCAUUAACAUUUUAACAGUAAAUCAGAACCCCUUAACAAGGAUGCAAUGCACAUCCUAUCUGUGUCGUAGUCCAAAUGACACGCUGUAGAAAUAAUCACACAACACCUGUCAUGUGUCUAUGAAGAGCUUUAUUACACAUUGAAGAAACUACCGUGUUAAUAUUGCAUAACAGUGCUGGCCACUAUGGCUUGUCAGGAAUGUAUGGUUAUGCAGCAACAACACAAAAAUAAAAACAGUGGAAGCAAAAACUGAGACCAGGAUGGCUUUCAAGCACCCCCCCGAGGAGUGUACCCAGACCCGAGCAAUGCCAGCACAGCCUGCGCUCCUAGGAUCCGUCAUCUCUCUCCAGCGCUCUGUUUAGAACCACUGAAGACACAGCCGUGCAUCAGGUCGAGACCUCACUGAA